UGGUGUCCAACUAACACAUUUUGUUACUAUUAUUCCUUUCUUCCUAAUUCUGCAUAAACAAAAAAUACACACUGUAAAUUCUCCAUUUUUCUUCCAUUUUUUUUUUUACCAAUCUACUAUUUCAUGGCAUCCACUGGUCACACCAAUCUCAAUGCAAAACUCGUAUUGUUAGGUGACAUGGGAGCUGGUAAAUCAAGCUUGGUUAUACGAUUUGUAAAGGGCCAAUUCCUUGAAUUCCAAGAAUCGACGAUCGGAGCGGCUUUUUUUUCGUCUACACUGGCGGUUAAUAAUGCUACGGUGAAGUUUGAGAUAUGGGAUACUGCUGGGCAGGAGAGGUAUCAUAGCUUAGCGCCUAUGUACUAUAGAGGAGCUGCAGCUGCUAUUAUUGUCUAUGAUAUCACUAGCUCGGAUUCAUUUGCAAGGGCAAAGAAAUGGGUGCAAGAAUUGCAGAAGCAAGGUAAUCCUAACAUUAUCCUGGCUCUUGCUGGAAACAAGGCUGAUCUAGAAGAUAAAAGGAACGUUCCUGCAGAAGAGGCACGCUUGUAUGCGGAGGAAAAUGGCCUCUUUUUCAUGGAGACCUCCGCCAAAACUGCUGUGAAUGUCAAUGAUAUUUUCUAUGAAAUAGCUAAACGGUUGCCUACAGCUCAACCCCCUCAAAAUCCAGCUGGAAUGGUUCUUGACAGACAAGCAGAAGGAUCCCGAGCUGCAUCAUGUUGUACUUGAAGAUCAUUGUCGUUCAUAAAUUCAUUGAACCUUUUCCUAAUCCUUGUCUGGAGUUCACUUGUUCUUUCAUGCUGUGCUUGUACUGAACAUGAAGUCUGGAAAUGGGAGUGGCAUGGUUCAUAGGGAGAGAGAUAUAGAGAGUAGAAUAUGUAAACCAUAUAUUCAGAAGUUCCCUUCAUGGAGCAAGCUAUUGUAUGGAGCACCUGAAUUAAUGCACAUUGGUUUGGUCCUCGCCUCAUGCUCCUUGUUUCUUUCCUGUUCUAUUUUGUAAAUGAUUCUAAUUUCCAUCGACCUCUUCAUUUCCAACCUGAUCAUUAAUAUUGAUAAAUGGACGCUGUUACUCCUUAAA